AUGGGCCAGUGUUGGCUAGCAUACGGCAACAGCUGUUCGACCGGCUAGUGUGCGUGUGCUUCUUCUUCUUACUACGUAGUGCAGUGUUUAUCUCACGUUUUUGUUUUUGCAAACUGAUAACGCGACGCAAUUUAGUCUGUAGUGAAAAUUGGGUUUUCAUAUCGAUGGAAAAUCGGCCACGAUGAGCGGCAAUACACACGGACUCAGCUGGUUUCCACAAUUUCCCAACAAAUUCGUAUCCUGGGGCCAGGAAAUCCAUUUGUACGAGGUGCGCCGCAAAGAUGACCACAGCCAGAAAAGUCGUCUGCCUUAUAUAUCCGUGAACUACCUCGCCAACGAGUCGCGCUAUCAAUAUGCCCGCUGCGUGGCCGCCUCCUAUCACAGUGACCAGCCCAUAAUUGCAGUGGGUCUGGCGGAUGGCAAAGUCGGGAUUUGCAACUUCAGGGACACCUACGACAGCAGCUGGGAGUACACUCCUCGCCAGCAGCGCAUGUGCACCUGCCUCGCCUGGAACCAGCUGGAUGCCAAUAUCCUGGCCAUUGGACACGAUCGCCAUCGGAAUGACACCUGCAUCACCAUCUGGGACAUCGAGCGUGGUGUUCCCAAGGAAACGGCAAACUUCUUCGGCGUCGGCGAGUCGGCCAACUCCAUAUGCUGGGAUCGCAAUCAUCGCACGGUCAUUGCGGGGAUGAGCCAGAAGAUGAUCAAGCUGUUCGAUCUCAGGCAGAGCAACGCCACCUGCCAAAGCAUUCAAACAAAGACAGUGCAGGGACUUUCAGUUUCCCCCAAUGGCAACUAUCUGUGCAGCUAUGUGGACUCGGUGAUCACUCUGUGGGAUCCGCGGAAUAUCAAGAGCCCUCUCAGGCAGAUUCAGUCCUCCAAGAACCAUUUGCAGAUCGCUUGGUGUCCCACCAGGACAAGCCUGCUCUCCUCGCUGCAACGGGAUUCCUCCUACAUCACUCUCUACGACAUCCGGAGUGUGGACACAGAAAAUUCCGGAGAGAUCUACCACGUAAAACGGCAGAUUAGUCCCUUUCCGGCUAAAUAUCAGCACAGUGGAAAGUUUACGUUUGUUAAUUGUCUGUCGUGGCAUUCGAGAGAUUUCGAGAGAGCUCUGCUCUUGGCAGAUGCGUUGAACAUCCUGGAUUUUCGAUUGCCAGCCACCUUGCACACGGCGCACAGCAAUCGCCGGAAAUUGCCACUUCUUAUGCAGCGUCCGCUCUACCCACCCGCCUCACCGACUUCCUCUGCAGUCACGCCCACUCAGCAGCAGCCCACGACCAGCUGCAGCACGAAUAGCGCGAGUUCCCUGGACUUCAGCAGUCCUGGUGGUUCGCCCUUCAAUGUGGACCUGCUGGAACCGGAACUCUUUGAACUGGAUCUGGUGGACGAGACGCGUCAGCGCGCUCUGGAAGAUUACGGCAUUAAGCCCGAUAACAAGCGAUUUGGAGAACUCCAUUUGACGCCGUAUCUGCGGAAUGUGUGGGCCACCUUAAACAAUGUCUACAGCGAGGAUCGAUUGACGGGCUUAAAGGCCACUUUGGGCAUCAAUUUGGGACACACCUCGGAGGCCUUGAUGGCCAGCUCCCGCAUCGAAUCUCAGGUGCUCCAGUGGCCAGAGGGCAUUAACAACUCCAACAAACUCAUAUGCUACAGGAGUGAGCAGCGAGAUAUGGCCCUCCAACUUUGCGGCUGGGCCUUUGAGCAGGAGCUGGAUCGCUUUAUAGACCAGUUAUAUGCCAACAAGGAGUACAGCCGGGCAGCCAUGAUCUGCGUGUUCCACUUGCAAAUUUUCCAUGCCUGCAACAUUCUGUCGUCGGCGGCGGACAACAUGAGGGAUCCCAGCAUGUACAGGAUCACCGUCAUCGCGUUGUCCAGUUUCAAUGCAGAUCGGUGUAGUUCCACGUGGCGGAAUCAGCGAUCUAGCGCCAACAUGCAGAUACACGAUCCACACUUAAGAGCUGUCUUCUCCUUUCUAACCAUGGAGAAGGAUAAUUUUGAUGCAGUGCUUAAAGAGGAAGGCGUUUCCUUAUCAGACCGCAUGGCCUUCGCCUGCAAAUAUUUGUCGGAGACCAAGCUGGCUGACUAUGUGACGCAGCAAAUCCAGGCGGCCAUAGAUCACGGCGAUCUAAAUGGCUUGUUGCUCACUGGAGAGUCGCUGGACGGAAUCAAUAUACUGCAGUCUUACAUGGACACCAGCUUCGAUGUGCAGACGGUAGCCCUGGUGGCCAUCAACUACUUCCGGCAAGAGCACUUUGCGGACAAGCGCAUCCAGUACUGGAUCGCCAGCUACUUGGAUCACCUCAAUAGCUGGGGUAUGUGGGAGAAGCGGGCCGAGCUGGACAUCAAGAUCGAGAGCAUACGCCCUUCCUCCCGCAGAUCCCGCACGGUAUUCCUGUCGUGCAACUUUUGCGGAAAGUCUGUGUCCAAUGCCUUGCUGGACGAGCCGCGCCCACGGAGCACCACCACUAGCACCAAUCGGCUCUCCUCCUGCCCCAGCUGCCGAAAGCCCCUGCCCCGCUGCUCCCUCUGCCUGAUGCACAUGGGCACCAUGGUGAACAUGAACAAUGGGGAGACCCCGAGCACCACGCCCGACGUACCCGGCUGGCAGACCAAGCCCUUCUCGAAGUGGUUCUCCUGGUGCCAGACCUGUCGCCACGGUGGACACACCGAGCACAUCAUGCAGUGGUUCAAGCAAAAUUCAGAGUGCCCCGUGUCGUCGUGCAACUGCCGCUGCUUCGACAUGGACGGCACCAAGCCGAACACGUUGAGAGACAUUUCCUAGCUGUCCGGAGCACCUAUCCACAGCCCUUACUCGCCCAGGCCAUAUGCAUAUGCAUUAAGUUGUUGAUUUGUUCCCAACGCGCGCGCCUUAAACAAACUCAGAAGUGUUCAUUGUACUUAGACAAGGGAUGUGCCCGUAGCAUUAGUGUUUAUGACCUAUCAGCUUUUAGCUGCUCAAAUGCAUUUUAUACUUACAUUCAAAUAAAGGACUAUAGAUAUUUUGCCGCUUUGCGUUUGAAAGUGGAAAGCGUUAUAUCUGUGCGUUUUGCAACACUUUCAGGCACUAUUUAUAAGCAUUCCUGUUAGAACUGAUAACGGUCACACCGCUUCGCACGUUUUUAUGCGGCGUUAUUAUUUUUUGUUGCUUUCUGACGUAAAUCUGUAGUUGUUAAAGCCCCGAAAAUCGUGCUUCCACUCGUAAGGCUUAAGUGAAUGGUUAAUAAUAUUAUGUGAUAACACCAAAACAAACAAAUCAAGAUAUAGUGAGUGGAAGAACCCAAAAGACAGCGCCGAUACACAGGAUACAUAUAUAAAGACGUUUUCAAAAAUAAGGAGAGGCAGACUUGAAAAGACUGCCCCAAUCACCCAGUUCUACCCACAUCCCCCCA